CCGCGGUGGUUAAUUUUUAUGAGUAAUUACUAUUUAUUUUUAUAGCUCAUGAGGUAUUAGUGUAGCUACUUAUUAAAUUUUAGGACUUGAGAAAGUGCUUAAGGUAGUUGAGGGGGUGUAGUGUAAUAACUACACUUAAAAGGAUCAGAGAGAGAGACCGGCCGAUUCUAAUUUCUUCUUUUUCCUUUUUCCUGCGUCUUCUCCUCUGUCUCUUUUACCUCUCUCAAACCCUCAUGGUUCAAAUGCUAAAUUGAAGGCCAAGGUUCGAGAAUCUCGCAACAAGGCAAAAAGAAAACGUGAUCUACGGACAAAGGGCUACGCAUCUAUCCGAACAAUAUCUCAAUUGGUCAAAUUUCGGGAUUUCAUCAAUUUGGGGAUUUCUCUCUUUGAGGUUUCAAGAUGGAUCCGAAGGCUUAAGAAUCAUGGGAUAUGUUCUAGUCUUUUAUUUAAGUGCAUAAUAUAUAGGGUAUUUUGAAGUUUAUUUGUAAAAAAAAAGGCGGGUCGUGACAAAAACUAUCCGGGUGGAUUUGAAGUUAGUUGUCCAGAAAUUAAAUUAUUAACAGCCACACACAACGAAUGGACAUCACUUAUCUUCAUCUGUGGCUUUAGAAAACCAUUCACACCCAAACAUUCCAAAACAUACGUCUCCAUGCACCCACUAUACACCAAGUAGGAGGGUAGCGCCAACCGUCUGCUUGAUUUUCUCGCCAAGUUUUCAACUUUUUGUCUUUCAAAGAGCAUGGCCAGUACUAGUAGUGAAGCUCCUCGCUCGUCACCUCGUGAGACUCCGACCAUCAACAAUUCUGCCAAAACCAAAUCCAACUUCUCCAUACCAUCGUAUUUGGUAGCAAACUUCAAGGCCAAAUUUUGUGUCUCAAAACCAAGACCGGUUGACAACAGCCACCACAAUGCUGCUUGCAGCAGUGCAACUGCCAAACGAAAUGACCACCACGGGGAAGAAGAUCUUCCCCCUUCUUCUGACAUGAUCCCUAAUGAUCUCCUCCUCGUUGAUCCAGCUUCCAACAGUGCAACCACCAAACCAAAUGACCACCACCACCAGGGGGAAGAUGUUCCCCCUUCUUCUGAAUUAAUGAUCCCUAAUGAUCUCCUCCACGUUGAUUCAGCCUUGAAGAAUUACACGGACCAUAUGAAUGUUCAAAUCAACCUGGCCCGUGACAAGUUCAAGGAGCUACAACAAAACUCACGGAGCAGUGAAAGAGACUUUGAAGAACUCCGAAAGGCCAUUGCUAAGCUCAAGUUGCAGAUCCCUACGCAGGUGAAUAUCCUUUCAACCACCAGCAAAGACGAUCACCACGGUGGAGCAGCUCUUUCCCCCUCUUCUAAACUGAUGCAUAAUGAUCUCCUCCUCGUGGAUUCGGCCUUUGCAGAGACGAAGGAGUACAUGGACCGUAUGAGUGAGAAAAUUAACCAGGCCCAUGAGAAAUUCAAGGACCUACAAAUAUUACGGAGUGGUCCUGAGAGAGAAUUUGACGUUACACAUAAAAAAAAGAAGAAAGAAUUUGAUGAACUACGAAAGGCCAUCAAAAAGCUAAAAGUCCAGAUCCCUUCGCAUGUGAAAAUCGGUUCUGCUGAUUCCAACCGACAUCGUAACCGGUGGCCUAAUAUAAACGAGGCCGACGAUAUUGGAAUGACACAAUUCUUCUACAAGGAGCCACUGGUUGCGCACACUAAUGAUUUCGAUGGCCUAUUGAUGGCAUUUUAUGACCUCCCCUGGAGAUUGCGUAGGUUUUUGUUAUGUUUCCUCAAGUUCCCACCAGCGGCAACUAUAAAGAGAACUACGAUGAUUUACCUGUGGAUGAACUCCUUUAGCUAUAUGGGGGAUACGAACGAGGAUGAAGGCAAUAAGAUCUUUGAUGAGCUUGUUGAGAAGGGCUUCAUCCAGCCUAUCUACCAAAAAUGCUCCUUGGUGCCAGACAGUUGCAGAAUGAGCCUUUCUGUUCGUUCUGCUUUAUACGGAAAAGCUUUAAGUAAUGAAUUUACUUCAAAUAAUAAUCUUGAUUUGGAUCCUAGAUUAGCUUGGAAUCUUCAUUGGGGGCCUUAUUGUUGUAUCAACGUUGGUGAAGCCAUUAUUAAUUGGGUGCCUGAAAUACUUAAGAAUGAAGGCUACAUCGGAAGUCUUUAUCUCGGAAGGUGGCAAAGCUCAACUACGCACCACAUUGAGCUAGCAGACGCCAAAAUUCUACUUGGACUGAAGAAUCUAUAUAGCUUAAAGUUUCUUAGCCUUCAAGGAAUUUCUAUGAUUACGGUGCUUCCCACAUCCAUUUUAGACCUCAACGAUUUGACGAUCUUAGAUCUCCGAGCUUGUCAUAAUCUUGAGGCAAUUCCUGACAAUAUCGGUUUGCUCAAGAGUCUGACACACUUGGACAUGUCCGAGUGUUGCUUUAUAGAACACAUGCCCGAGAGUCUUGCUCAACUAUCAAACCUUGAAGUCCUUAAGGGAUUCUUGAUUGGAGAUUUCAACAAAAACAAACAAUCGUGUACUCUUUCCGAUUUGUCAAGACUGCCGAAGUUGAGAAAACUUAACAUUUAUGUAAGUGUGAAAGACUUUCGCAGACUCUGGGACUUUGAUGAUUUAAAAAAUUUUGAAGUCCUGCAAAAGUUGACAAUAUCAUGGGGAGGAUGCUCUUUACAAGGUGAAAGCCGCAGACAAAGUCAAGGAAAGGCAAGCAUGGCACGACUCAGUCAGAGCCCAUUGACACUUCCUCCCAAAUUGCAGAAACUAGACCUUCAGUGUUUCCCUUCAGAGGGUCUAAUCGAUUGCUUGAGGCCUGCCGGAAUAAAGGGACUAAAGAAACUUUACAUUAGAGGAGGGCAACUAUAUAAUCUAGGCCAAUCAAGGAAACACCAAGGGGAGCACUGGAACGUGGAGAUAUUGCGUUUGAAGUACUUGAGCAAAUUAGGGAUAGAUUGGAGCGAAUUGAGGAUAUUAUUUCCCAAACUAAUAUACUUGCAGCAAGUAGAAUGCCCCAAGCUUACUAACUUUCCGUGUGAUGAGAGUGGUGUGUGGAUGGACAAGAAUGCCAUAUAUAUUCAGGAGCAGCUGCAGAAAUAUUCCAGAACCAGUGACAUCGGCUCAAGUUCUAUGGACUAUGGUGGAAUCCGGUCCAACCUCUGAUCAGGAUGAUUGUAAAAUUUGUUCAAUAGAUGAGUAAUAGCUUUUAGGUAGUUAGGUUUAGUGUAAGCUAAGUGCUUAGCUAAGAGAUAAGAACAGUUGUUUAGGGAGAGUUGGAACCUUGGCUGUAACUUACUCAAGUGAAGCCUCCCCAAGCAUGGUAGGUUCUCCCAUGGCUGCUAUAUCUUGUAUUUCUUAAUUUCUUGUUCUUCCUCUCUGCAACUUGUAUUAUUUCCCAAAUAAACAAUUGAUAACUAGAAAUCAAGCAUGACGAGUAUUUCACUGA